AUGGAUCAAAUACCGCCUCCCAAAGAGGUGAAAAUCCUCGAAACAGCCGAGGACAUCCAAGAACGCCGAAAAGAAGUCCUUUCACGCUAUGACAACUUCAAAGCCGACGCCCGAGCAAAACGAGAAAAGCUCGAAGACUCCCGAAGAUUCCAAUACUUCAAACGAGACGCAGACGAACUAGAAUCAUGGAUCCUGGAGAAGCUCCAAGCAGCAUCCGACGAGAGCUACAAAGACCCGACGAACCUGCAAGCCAAAAUCCAGAAGCACCAGGCCUUCGAAGCCGAAGUGGCGGCUCACAGCAACGCCAUCGUAGUUUUGGACAACACCGGAAGGGAAAUGAUCAACCAGAACCACUACGAGAGCGAGACCAUCCGCAGGCGGCUGGAGGAGCUGCACCGGCUGUGGGAGCAGCUGCUGUCGAAGCUGGCCGAGAAGGGCAUGAAGCUGCAGCAGGCGCUCGUGCUGGUCCAGUUUAUCAGACACUGCGACGAGGUGAUGUUCUGGAUCAAUGAGAAGAGCGCUUUUCUGUCCACCGAGGAGUUUGGGCAUGACUUGGAACACGUGGAGGUGCUCCAGAGGAAAUUCGAUGAGUUCCAAAAGGACAUGGCAUCCCAAGAAUAUAGAGUGGCGGAGGUGAACGAACUGGCCGACAAACUCCUCCAAGACGGCCAUCCGGAGCGCGACCAGAUCGUCCAUCGCAAGGACGAGCUGAACACCUCCUGGCAGCGCCUCAAGCAGAUGACGCUGAUGCGACAGGACAAGCUGUACGGCGCCCAUGAGAUCCAGCGCUUCAACCGGGACGCCGACGAAUCGGUGGCCUGGAUAGCCGAGAAGGACCAAGUUUUGUCCUCGGACGACUACGGCAGAGAUUUGGCGAGCGUUCAGGCGCUGCAGCGCAAGCACGAGGGGGUGGAGAGGGAUUUGGCAGCGCUGGAAGACAAGGUGUCGACCUUGGGCAAGGAGGCCGAUAGGCUGUGCGCGAUUCAUGGUGACCACGCCGAUAUCAUCCAGGACAAGCGGACGGAGAUCGAGGACUAUUGGCGCAGCUUGACCGAGAAAGCUAGAGAGAGACGCGACAAGCUGGAAGAGUCCUACGCCUUGCAUCGCUUCUUGGCCGACUUCAGAGACCUCGUGUCUUGGAUAAAUGACAUGAAAGCCAUCAUUUCAGCGGACGAACUGGCCAAAGAUGUGGCGGGGGCCGAGGCGCUGUUGGAGAGGCACCAGGAACAUCGCGGUGAGAUCGACGCCAGAGAGGACAGUUUCGUGGCUUCGACGGAGGCUGGCAGGCAGCUGCUGGACAAAGGGCAUUAUGCCAGCGACGAGGUGAAGGAGAAGCUGUCGAUGUUGGAUUCUGAUAAGAAGUCGCUAGUCGCUCUGUGGGACGAACGGAGGAUCCUCUACGAGCAAUGCAUGGACCUGCAGCUGUUCUACCGCGAUACCGAACAGGCCGACACCUGGAUGGCCAAGCAGGAGGCCUUCCUCGCCAACGAGGACCUCGGCGACUCGCUGGACUCGGUCGAGUCGCUCAUCAAGAAGCACGAGGACUUCGAGAAGUCGCUAGCCGCGCAGGAAGAGAAGAUCAAAGCGUUGGACGAGUUCGCCACUAAGUUGAUCGACGGGGAGCAUUAUGCGGCGGACGACGUUGCACAGCGGCGUGCCAUGCUGUUGGAGCGAAGGAAGGCCCUGAAGGAGAAGUCGAACGUUCGCAGGGAGACGCUGAUCGACGCUUACAAGCUGCAGCAGUUCGAGCGCGACUGCGACGAGACCAAGGGCUGGAUCAACGAGAAGCUGAAGUUCGCCACAGAUGAGAGCUACCUCGACCCGACGAACCUUGGCGGCAAGGUGCAGAAGCACCAGAACUUCGAACAGGAACUGAACGCGAACAAGUCCCGAAUGGAGGACAUCACUUCGACCGGGCAGGAGCUCAUCGAGGCCGACCACUAUGCUGCUCCCCGCAUCCAGUCGCGCAUGGAGGAGAUCGUCGACCUGUGGGAGAGCCUCGUCCGAGCCACCGACAAGAAGAACUCGAAGCUGCAGGAGGCCAGCCAGCAGCAGCAGUUCAACAGGACCAUCGAGGACGUCGAGCUGUGGCUGAGCGAGAUCGAGGGCCAGCUGAUGUCCGAGGACUACGGCAAGGACCUCACCUCGGUGCAGAACUUGCAGAAGAAGCACGCGCUGUUGGAGGCCGACGUCAGCGCUCAUCAAGACAGGAUCGAGAGUAUUACUUCGGCGGCGACGCAGUUCGUCGAGCGCGGCCAUUUCGACGCCGACAACAUCGCGCACAAGCAGAAAGUGCUGACCGACCGGUACGCGGCGCUGCAGACGCCGAUGGCGGUGCGCAAACAGCGGCUGCUCGACUCGCUGCAGGUGCAGCAGCUGUUCAGAGAUGUGGAGGACGAGGAGGCGUGGGUACGUGAGAAGGAACCGAUCGCCGCUAGCACCAACAGAGGUCGCGACCUGAUCGGCGUGCAGAACCUGAUCAAGAAACACCAGGCCGUCUCGGCGGAGAUCGGCAACCACGAGGCGCGCAUUCGUGCCGUCCUCGACGCCGGCCGGCAGAUGACCGAGGACGAGCACUUCGCCAGCGAGGAGAUCAGGAGCCGCGUGGACGCCCUGAGCGGACAUUGGGAGGCGCUCAGGGAGCGGGCGGCGCAGCGCAAGCAGGAUCUCGAGGAUUCCCUGCAGGCACAUCAAUACUACGCCGACGCAAACGAGGCCGAGUCCUGGAUGAAGGAGAAAGAACCGAUCGUCAGCAACCCUGACUACGGCAAAGACGAGGACUCCUCGGAGGCGUUGCUGAAGAAGCACGAGGCUCUGAUGAGCGAUUUGACCGCCUUCGGCAACACCAUCGAGGCUCUCAAAGAACAAGCCCGAAGCUGCCGUCAACAAGAACCACCAGUUGUCGACGUGACAGGCAGAGAAACCGUCCAGGCUCUGUACGAUUACACCGAAAAAUCGGCCAGAGAGGUGUCUAUGAAGAAAGGGGACCUUCUACAUCUGCUGAACUCCAACAACAAGGACUGGUGGAAGGUGGAGAUCCACGACCGCCAAGGCUUCGUCCCGGCCGCCUACGUGAAAAAGGUGGAGGCCGGCCUGACCGCUUCGCAGCAGAACCUGCUCGACAACAACUCGAUCUCGGCGCGCCAGAGCCAAAUCAACCAGCAGUACGACCGGCUGCUGGCGCUGGCCAACGAGCGAAGGAACAAGCUCGACGAGACCGUCAAGGCGUACGUGCUGGUGCGCGAGGCAGCCGAAUUGGCCGGCUGGAUCAAGGACAAGGAGAUGCACGCCGAGGUGCAGGACGUGGGCGAAGACCUGGAGCAGGUCGAGGUGCUGCAGAAGAAGUUCGACGACUUCCAGACCGAUCUGAAGGCGAACGAGGUGCGGCUGGCCGAGAUGAACGAGAUCGCUAUGCAGCUGGUGUCGCUCGGGCAGACCGAGGCUGCUCUCAAGAUCCAGACGCAGAUGCAGGAUCUGAAUCAGAAGUGGACGGGGCUGCAGCAGCUGACCAGCGAGCGAGCCAGCCAGCUGGGCUCCGCGCACGAGGUGCAGCGUUUCCACCGGGACGUGGACGAGACCAAGGACUGGAUCAACGAGAAGGACGAGGCGUUGAACAACGAGGAUUUGGGCAAGGAUCUGCGCAGCGUGCAGGCGCUGCAAAGGAAGCACGAGGGGCUGGAGAGGGAUCUGGCGGCGUUGGGCGACAAGAUAAAACAAUUGGACGAAAUCGCCAAUCGUCUGGUGACCUCGCACCCGGAAACGGCCGAGCAGACGCUGACCAAGCAACAGGAAAUCAAUGAGAUGUGGACGCAGCUCACCGCCAAGGCCAACAGCCGCAAGGAGAAGCUUCUGGACUCGUACGAUCUGCAGCGGUUCCUCAACGACCACCGCGACCUGCUCGCCUGGAUCAAUUCCAUGCUGGGAUUGGUCAGCUCCGAGGAGCUGGCCAACGAUGUGACCGGAGCCGAAGCUUUGAUCGAAAGACACCAGGAACACCGCACGGAGAUCGACGCCAGAGCAGGCACUUUCCACGCCUUGGAGCAAUUCGGCCAGCAACUCCUCAACUCCAACCACUACGCCAGUCCCGAGAUCCAGGAGAAGCUGGAGCAGCUGAACAACGCCAGGGCCGACCUGGAAAGGGCCUGGAUCGACAGACGUCUGCAGCUGGACCAGAACCUCGAGCUCAACCUGUUCUACCGCGAUUGCGAGCAAGCCGAGAACUGGAUGUCUGAUAGAGAAGCGUUUUUGGCUUCGGACGAGGUGGAUUCGAAUGGGGACAACGUGGAGGCGCUGAUCAAGAAGCACGAGGACUUUGACAAGGCUAUUAAUGCGCACGAGGAGAAGAUCGCUACUUUGCAGACGCUGGCUGAUCAGCUGAUUGGACGCGAGCAUUACGCUUCGAAGCCCAUCGACGAUAAGAGGAACCAGGUGCUGGACAGAUGGAAGCACCUGAAGGACGCUCUCAUCGACAAACGGUCGAAGCUGGGCGAGAGCCAGACGCUGCAGCAGUUCUCCCGGGAUGCGGACGAGAUCGAGAACUGGAUAGCGGAGAAGCUGCAGCUGGCCACCGAGGAGAGCUACAAGGACCCGGCCAACAUCCAGUCGAAGCACCAGAAGCACCAGGCGUUCGAGGCUGAGUUGGCGGCCAACGCUGAUCGCAUCCAGGCCGUGCUGGCCAAUGGGGCCAACCUCAUCGACAAGCGCCAGUGCGCCGGAUCCGAGGAAGCCGUGCAAAAACGCCUGGAAUCCAUCGCCGACCAAUGGGAGUUCCUCACGCAGAAGACCACCGAGAAGUCGCUGAAGUUGAAGGAGGCCAACAAGCAGCGGACGUACAUCGCGGCCGUCAAAGACCUGGACUUUUGGUUGGGCGAAGUGGAGAGUCUAUUGACCAGUGAGGAUGCUGGUAAAGAUCUCGCUUCGGUGCAGAACUUGAUGAAGAAGCACCAGCUGGUCGAAGCCGAUAUCCAGCAUCACGAAGACAGAAUCACAGAUAUGAAUAAUCAAGCCGAUUCCCUUAUUGAAAGUGGUCAAUUCGACACCGCUUCAAUCCAAGAAAAACGACAGUCUAUAAACGAACGAUACGAGCGUAUCAAGAACCUGGCAGCUCACAGGCAGGCGAGACUCAACGAGGCCAAUACCUUGCACCAGUUCUUCAGAGAUAUCGCCGACGAAGAAUCUUGGAUCAAAGAAAAGAAACUCCUGGUCGGCACCGACGACUACGGUCGCGACCUCACCGGCGUCCAGAACCUCAAAAAGAAGCACAAGCGUCUCGAAGCCGAACUGGCGUCGCACGAGCCCGCCAUCCAGGCGGUCCAAGAGGCCGGCGAAAAACUCAUGGACGUGUCGAACCUGGGCGUGCCCGAGAUCGAGCAGCGCCUCGAGGCGCUGAACCGGGCGUGGGCGGAGCUGAAGCAGCUGGCCGACACGAGGGGGCGCAAGCUGGGCGAGUCGCUGACCUACCAGCAGUUCUUGGCUAAGGUAGAGGAGGAGGAGGCGUGGAUCAGCGAGAAGCAGCAGCUGUUGGGAGUGGAGGACUACGGGGAUACGAUGGCGGCCGUGCAGGGCCUGCUGAAGAAACACGAUGCCUUCGAGACCGAUUUCCAGGCGCAUCGCGACCGCUGCGCCAGCAUCAACUCCGAAGGCCAGCAGCUGAUUUCCGAAGAUAACCACCACGCCGACAGCGUGCGGCAGCGCUGCCAGCAGCUGCAAACGAAGCUGGACCACCUGGCCGCGCUGGCCGGCAGAAGGAAGGCGAAGCUGGUGGACAACUCGGCGUACUUGCAGUUCAUGUGGAAGGCGGACGUGGUGGAGAGUUGGAUAGCGGACAAGGAGACGCACGUGCGCAGCGAGGAAUUCGGCAGGGAUCUGUCGUCGGUGCAGACGUUGCUCACCAAGCAAGAGACUUUCGAUGCCGGUCUCACUGCUUUCGAGCAUGAAGGAAUCCAAAACAUAACUGACCUUAAAGACAGACUCAUCGCAGCUAAUCAUGACCAAACUCAAGCAAUUCUUCAAAGACAUGCCAGUGUUAUUGCAAGAUGGCAGAAACUUCUUUCUGACUCGGACGCCCGCAAACAGCGCCUGCUGCGCAUGCAGGCGCAAUUCAAAGAAAUCGAAGAGCUCUUCCUCACGUUCGCCAAACGAGCGUCUGCCUUCAACUCGUGGUUCGAGAACGCCGAAGAGGACCUCACCGACCCGGUGCGCUGCAACUCGAUCGAGGAGAUCCGCGCGCUGAAAGAAGCGCAUGCGCAGUUCCAGGCGUCGCUGUCGAGCGCGCAGGCGGACUUUGACGCGUUGGCGGCGCUGGAUGCGCAGAUCAAGCACUUCAACGUCGGGCCGAAUCCUUACACGUGGUUCAACAUGGAGGCGUUGGAGGAGACGUGGAGGAAUCUGCAGAAGAUCAUCGCAGAAAGGGACGUGGAAUUGAACAAGGAGGCGCAGCGACAGGAGGAGAACGACAAGUUGAGGAAGGAGUUCGCGAAGUACGCGAACGCCUUCCAUCAAUGGUUGACGGAAACGCGCACAUCCAUGAUGGAGGGAUCGGGCUCGCUGGAGCAACAGCUCGAAGCCACCAAGCGCAAGGCCGCAGAAGUGAGGGCGCGUCGCUCCGACCUCAAGAAGAUCGAGGACCUCGGCGCCAUUCUCGAGGAGCACCUCAUCUUGGACAACCGGUACACUGAGCACUCGACGGUGGGGCUUGCGCAGCAAUGGGACCAGCUCGAUCAGCUCGGCAUGCGGAUGCAGCACAAUUUGGAGCAGCAGAUACAGGCUAGGAAUCAGUCGGGUGUCAGCGAAGAUGCUCUCAAGGAGUUCUCUAUGAUGUUCAAACACUUCGACAAGGAGAAAUCCGGCAAAUUGAAUCUGCAAGAGUUCAAGAGUUGUCUCAGAGCCCUCGGUUAUGACCUACCCAUGGUGGAGGAGGGACAACCCGAUCCAGAAUUCGAUGCAAUAUUAGAUGUUGUGGAUCCGAACAGAGAUGGAUAUGUUUCCCUGCAAGAAUACAUGGCGUUCAUGAUUAGCAAAGAAACCGAAAAUGUACAGAGUUCAGAGGAGAUUGAGAAAGCCUUCAGGGCCAUCACAGCAGGAGACCGCCCUUACGUCACUAAGGAAGAACUAUAUGCUAACCUGACUAAGGAAAUGGCGGAUUAUUGUGUGGUUAGAAUGAAACCAUACGUGGAGCCGAAAACAGAACGACCAAUUGCAGGGGCACUAGAUUAUAUAGAGUUCACACGUACACUUUUCCAAAAUUAGCUUUUAUCUAACCAUUGUAGCUUCGGUGGCAUGCAAUAAAUAUCAUACCUAUAAAUGUAUUAAUAAUUUAUUUUUCAUUGUGUAA